AUGUCGGACCUCUACCUCUCCCACCUCCGCAACUGGAUCUUCAGCUCGCCGCCAGCAGAAUGGAUUACGCACCAGCUGCACGAGCUGGCCAUCGGGGCCGCCAAGCAGGGCCCGAUCCCCAAGCACAUUGCCUUUGUGAUGGAUGGCAACAGACGCUUUGCUCGAAACCACAAGAUUGAAACCAUCGAGGGUCACCAUCUGGGUUUUGAGGCUCUUGCACGGGUCCUCGAAUUUAGCUACAAGUCUGGCGUCGAGGUCGUCACCGUUUAUGCAUUCAGCAUUGAAAACUUCCAGCGACCCAAGUACGAGGUGGAUGGCUUGAUGGAACUGGCCAAGGUCAAGCUCGAACAGAUCAUCCAGCACGGCCAGCUGCUCGAGCGCUACGGUGCCAGCGUGCGUGUGCUCGGCCAGCGGGACCUGAUCCGGGCCGAUGUGCUGGAGGUGGUCGAGCGCGCCAUCGACGUGACGAAGAAUAACACUCGCGCCGUCCUGAACAUCUGCUUCCCGUACACGUCCCGCGAGGAAAUAACGAGAUCCAUCCGUACCACCGUGGAGGAGUUCUCGAGCCCCCAGAGCCCACCACAGCCCAGCACGGCCUUUUCCCAGACGCGGAUCAAGCAGAAGAUCCUGUCCAAGAAGCUCGACAAGCCCGAGACGCUGUCUACGAUCAGGGAGACGUCCCCGGCGCCCUCAAUCACCCGGUCCGAAGAGCACGACGGCUCCGUCUCGUCCACCACCACACUGCCGCCCGGCUCACCGUCUCGAAGCACCGGCGGUGGCGACGCGAAUGCCUCUACCGUGCUUCCUAACCCUGAGUCGAUCACGGCCGAAACCCUCGACAGUCACAUGUACACGGCGGGCGACCCGCCGGUCGACAUUCUGAUCCGUACGAGCGGCGUCGACCGCUUCAGCGACUUCAUCCUCUGGCAGAUCCACCAGAACACGCAGGUCUUCUUCCUCAAGUGCUUCUGGCCCGAGUUUGAUCUGUGGCACUUCCUGCCCGUCCUCAUUGAAUGGCAGUGGCGGCAGAAGCAGAAGGCGCGGGACGAGAAGCCGCGUAAGCGGAAGCAGCGUUAG